GCUUGAAUCGACGUACACGUCGCGUAUAGCUGUACCAAGCUGUUUCAAGCCACAAACACACACAAACGCAAACGACGCCGAAUUGUAGGCGAAAAUCAGUAGUUUUACAGUGUCAGAGAUCGCGUGCGCGUUGAACCAAUUCGAGUCGGUAGAACAUUUGCGCGUUCGCAAGCCAGUUAAUUAGACGGUCGGUCAGUCUGUUAAAACGAGUGUCGGUCGUCGUUUGUAGGGUCGUUGAGUUUCGUGAAUGAAAUGCAGUUGAACCUGACGACGGGCGGUUAGAAAAGUGCAAGUCGCGUGCGCAUUGAGCGCGUCUUGAGCAUAACAAACGGAUAUUCAUCAUAGAAAUUGGUAAUAAAAAAACGAAGAGCAUUGUGUAGCGACGAAAACGAAACGAAAGUGAAGUGAGCGUGUGUCUCGCGGUGAUUGAUUGAUUGCUGAAAAAUUGAAUUAUGAAAUUUUACGAGUUAUCAAUGUGAAAAUUGCGUUGCUUUUGUAAAGGAAAAAUAGUUAAUAACAAAAAAAUCGAAGAAAACGAAACGAAAUUAAAGAAUUAUUGCCAGCGAGCAGCUUCGUCUUCAGCUUGGCUACUGAUUGUUGUGAAAAUUCUUCUACACUUUCGUUGCGCACGUAAUUCGAAAACCGUGGCGAAUUUUUGAGUGACAUGCAAAAUCACUUUUAAGCAGAAUUAGAAUUGCAGUGGCGUAGAAAAGUGAAUUUCGAAGUGAAAUUAAUUUGUGAAUUAGAAAAAAAUCAUUGUGUGGCAACUUGAGAGGGAUACACGAUUUUCUAAGCGGAAAACAAAAUUUUUGAGUGAAAGUAAUUGAGUAAAAAUAACGGUAAGAGAUGAAAAUUAAUGAAUAAAUAAAUAUUUCGAAAAGAUUACAAAAAAAAUUUAAAUAUACAUAUAAAAAAUUGGAAAAAAAUCACACAACUUGAAGUUCGAUUCUUAUAGAAAGAAAUAAAAAACGCUCAAAAAAAAACUUUUAAGAAAAGUGCUCAAAAAAAAUUGAAGAAAAGUUCUCAAAAAUAAAAUACAAAAAAUAUUCAAUCAAAAUAUAUUUUAACAGUUGUUUGUAAAAGAGUGUUAUGCAGAAAACCACUCCGGAACCAAAAUUCUAAGCAGAGAAGCUUCAAUUACUAAAACAAAAAAACUUGAGUUAAUUCCAAUUGAGCAGAAAAUACGAUAAAAACGUAAUUAAUCAGUGUAAGUCUCCAAAAAAAGCUAACAACAACCAUAAAUAUUCUCAGAGAGAUAAUACUUACAAACAAAUUUCAGUUAAUCCAGCAAUAAAAUACGAACAAAAAUCACUCAAACAGUUUAACGUGCCCAAAUAACGGCAAUAAAUCUGAAAAUUAACGGACGAUUGAGUGAUCAAACUAAAUUCGCACAAACGCAUAACUGAACGACACAAACAAGCAGGCAAUUAGUCAACACUCUACGUAAUCCCCAUAUUCUCUCCCACCCUUGACUACCCACAGGCAACAACAUGCGGCGCCUCAAUGCAUUAGCCACGUUACUCCCACUCCUGCUGCUACUAAGCACACUCAUCACUCUCUGCUGCGCCAUACCCAACGACGCGUAUAUGAAAAUGAUGGCCGCCGAAACGCCCAACGAUCCUUGCUACGACGACGACAAGGCGCGCCGCUGUAUACCCGACUUCGUAAAUGCCGCUUUCGGCGCGCCCGUGCAGGCGUCCAGCACUUGUGGACUCGAGCAGCCGCAACGCUACUGCGAACUGAGCGGUGCCGGUACACAAGCCAAUCUACAAGAUUUGAGCUGCCAUAUUUGCGAUCACAGCAAUCCGGCGCGCCGUUUUCCCGAAUCAGCGCUAACCGAUUUGAAUAAUUCGAAUAAUGUGACGUGUUGGCGUUCGGCGCCCGUACCGGCGGUGACAAGCAUGAAUGCGCCACCCGAUAAUGUAUCGUUGACGCUGUCACUGGGCAAGAAAUACGAACUAACCUAUGUGAGUCUGCAAUUGUGUCCGAAAUCGGUGAAACCCGAUUCGAUUGCGAUUUAUAAGAGUACGGAUUAUGGCAAGACAUGGCAACCCUUCCAGUUCUACAGUUCACAGUGUCGACGCGUUUAUGGGCGUCCAAAUCGUGCCACAAUCACCAAGCACAACGAACACGAAGCACGCUGCACCGACUCACGUGGGCAGGUGGGCGAGGUGACUGGGCUGCAGGGUUCGCGCAUCGCUUUCAGCACAUUGGAAGGACGUCCAUCGGCACGUGAUUUGGAUUCGUCGCAAGUGCUGCAAGAUUGGGUCACCGCCACCGAUGUCAAAGUGGUGUUUCAUCGUCUGCAAAUGCCCGAACCGAAUACGUUGAAUGUUUUGGAGACCAACGGCGCAGAUAUUAAGCCGAAUGGCAAAUAUAGCGAAGCCGCAAGCAAUUCCGUGUUGAUACAACAAUAUGGUACGAAUGUGAUCGAGCCGGCAGCCGAUGGUUUGGGCAUACCAGCUGCGGUCACCAUCUCGAGCGCUGGGUCGGCGGCGCUGAACGGUGCUGCCGGUUUGGGCCAACAUUAUGCUGUGUCCGAUUUCCUCGUCGGUGGACGCUGCAAGUGCAACGGUCAUGCAUCGAAAUGCUCACCGGAUCGUUACGGUGUGCUCGCCUGCGAGUGCAAACACAAUACAACGGGUCGCGACUGUGAACGCUGCAAGCCAUUCCAUUUCGAUCGGCCGUGGGGUCGCGCAACGGCACGUGACGCCAAUGAAUGCAAAAUCUGCAACUGCAACAACCACGCUCGUCAAUGCCGCUUCAAUAUGGAACUAUUUAAGCUCUCCGGACGUAUCUCUGGCGGAGUUUGUGUAAAUUGUCGGCACUUUACCACUGGACGACACUGUCAUUAUUGCAAGGAAGGCUACUACCGUGAUCCAACUAAGAAACUGAAUCAUCAUCGUGUAUGCAAACCUUGUGAAUGCCAUCCGAUCGGCUCGUCGGGCAAAACUUGCAACAACACCUCUGGCCAAUGCCCCUGCAAGGAUGGUGUGACCGGUCUCACCUGCAAUCGCUGCGCGCGUGGCUAUCAACAGAGCCGUUCACACAUUGCGCCAUGCAUCAAAAUUCCUGCACGCAAAGCGAAUAUGUUGGACACACAGAACACCGCGCCUGAACCAGAUCCACAUGAUACCAAUGCACCUUAUCGCACAGAAGGUGGGAGGGAAUGCGAAAGAUGCAAAAUAAGCACAAAAAGGUUAAACCUCAACAAAUUCUGCAAAAGAGACUACGCAAUAAUGGCGAAAGUGAUUGGCCGCGAAUCGAGUACCGAAGUAACGAGCAGCAGCGAACAAUACACCAAAGAAAAUCAACAAAUGGAUCGCGACGACGAAACGGAGGCCAUGGAGGACAACGCACCCGAAACGGUCAAAUACGACAUACAAAUACAGGCGAUCUUCAAGCGUACCCCGCUCGAGUACGCAACAACGAAUACAAUCCUAAAACGGGGUCCUUUGACCUGGAUCAUACCAAUUAAGAAUCUAGAAUGUCGUUGUCCCAGAAUCAAAAUGAAUCGCUCCUAUCUGAUACUGGGCAGAGAUUCGGAAUCGCCACCGGGCUAUCUUGGCAUCGGUCCGCGUUCCAUUGUGAUCGAGUGGAAGGAUGAAUGGUAUAGACGUAUGAAACGCUUCCAGCGGCGUGCGCGAACGUGUCAGUAAAGUGAAUUGAGAAAAAGCACAACAAUUUUAAAAUUGGAAAACACACACACUUCCACACAAACAAACAUACGUACAUACAUGCGCAUAUUUUAAAUGUAUUUGUAUUUAUAAAAGAAUAAUGAUAAUUUCAAAUAGUUUUAAGGCAAACUACUUAAAUGCAUUCAAAGUCGAGUAAGCCGAUUAACACACACACACACAUACAUGCAUACAAUUAUAAUGUAUUUGUAUAUAUGUACGUACAUAUGUAUGUGCAAAAAAUAUAUAAGUAAUCGUAUGCAUCUGAAUGAAAUCGUUAAUUUUUCGCUGUGUAAAAACAAAAAUAUUUUAUUGUACCUAAAUUAAUCGAAGAAAGCACAAAAAGUUGCAAUAAUUUAACUAUUUCUUUAUUUUAUUAUUUUUUAAUUAAUAACUCUCAUAAUUAUUUAUUUAUAGUACUUUUUAUAAUUUUACUUCAUCUCGCACUAACACCGAUUUAGUUUUAGAAUGAAAAAAAAUAAUAAUUUAAGAAUAAAACUUUUUGAAAAAUAUGAGCUUUUUUUCAAACUUUUGUAAAAUAUUGAUAAAAUCAUUUAAACAUUUAAUAUAAAGCAAAAAUCAAACGCUGAAAUACAAUGAAAGCAUUUUUUAUUUACCAAAGUAUUCGCGAAAAUAAUAUAUAUUAAUUUUUAUAUGAGGAAAAGUUAGAGCUUUUCUAGGCCAAACGAAAUAGCAAUAAAAAUGGCAAAAGCUUUGUUGAAAUACUUAAAAAAUAAUUGGAAAAUAUAUAUCAUACUAAAGGUCAUUACGAAGCCUUCUACAACACUACUGCUUAGCUAACCUUUUGAGAGAUUUUGUACUGCUUAAAAAAAUAGCAACACUUUUCAUAAGAGAGCUUUUAAAAGCACUAUUACAUAGCUGCUUUAUUAAGAUAUUAAAAGCUCUUCUACUAUUUAAAAGCAGUCAAAAAACAUUUCAAAAGAGAGCUUUUUAAAGCUCUGUAAGGAGUGCUUAUGGAUUCUUCAGUGGUGUAUAAUAUUUUAACCCAUUGCCAAUUAAUAAGCAAACUAACUAAAACAAUAAACACAUUCUAUGUCCGUUAAAGCUUGUAUGCUGCUUAAAACAUAUAUACCUUUCGGUACUAUUUCCAGUCGAAGUCCAAGUGAAAAUGCAUCACUAAAACAGGCGCAAUAAGCUGAAAAACCUAAAAAAAUGUUAGCUACCAUCUGAAAGCUUUUCUCUCAAAACGCUUAGAGCGCUUCCGCACAAUCCUUAACGUUUCCAAAAGUUAAUGAAACUUAAAGCAAAUAAUUCCCGAAUUUUAGAGAUAUCAAAACACAUAUGUAUGGGGGUCAAAAGCUCAUGAAAGCUAGGGAAACAACUUAGAACUUUUGAUAAACAAUGCUACAAAAUUAUUUUCACUAAUUUGUCAAAUAGAAAUUGCUGCAUUAAAAGCAAUACAGAGCUGUCAUGUAAUAUUUUUAACUUUUCGAAAGUUAUACAUAGUUUUCACGAAAUUUUUUACGCAUUUAUGAAAUCUUUGAAAACUAAUAGAACUUUUAGAUAAUACUUGCCCAGUUGAAAGUUGUCAAACCCAUACGAAGAUCAAAGAUUCAUUAAAGCUCGAGAAAGAACGAAGUACUUCCAAUAGACAAUGCUACAAAAUUAUUUUUUCGAAUAUGUAAAUCAGCAAACAGUUGUUACUGCAUUAAAAGCUUUGCAGAGCUUUCAAGAAAUCUCUUUAUCUUUUCUAAAAGCUUUUGAAAGUUAAUGGAACUUUUACAGAGCUUUCAAAUAGUUUCUAAAUUUUCUAAAAGCUUGUGAAAGCUAAAGGAGCUUUCCCGAAAGUUUUAAGGCCUCUAUAAAACUUUUGCAAACAAAUGGGACUUUUGGAAAAUAUCUGCACAGAAUAUUCAAAAUUCCUAUGGAGAUUAAAAGUUCAUGAAAGCGCCGUAAACAACUAACAACAUAAGGCAUAGGAAAAAUAAUGCCACGUAAUUAUUUUGACUUAGUAUAUUCCAAAAAGCAAUUGCUGCUUUAAUAACUUUGCAGAGCUUUCAUGUUAGUUUUUUAAGAUUUUGAAAGCUUAUAGAACUUUUAAAGAACUUUCAGCAUAUUUUGUGUGGCUUUAUAAAACUAUUUAUCAGAGUAAUCAAAAUUCAGUUGGAGAUCAAAAACUCAAUAAAGCUUAGUAAAGAACUAAUAACAUAUGAUAUAUGAAAGGUAACAUUAUUUUUUAUAGUCCAAAUAUUAAUUUAUGUAUUACUUAUUCGCGUCGGGGUCUGUUUUUUUUCAAACAACAACAAAAUUAUCGCUUUGAAAUGCUUUUUUUUAUCAAUUUCUAAGGAGAAAUGGAGUUUUUGCCUAUCAUUUAGCAAUUAAAUUUCAUGCCAUACAUUUUGCCAUAACUAUUUACUCAAACUCUACUGUAUUUUAGUCCAAUCACACACACACAGAUCCUAUAUAGCAAACAUAGUGAACCAUAAACGUAGUAUUAAAUACAUACUCAUGUGAAGUAAAUAGAACUGGAACAAUAAAUAAUGCGCCAAUAAAUUACCUAAAGUAAAUAAAAAAUCAAAUAAAAUAAAAAUUGAUAUAUACACAAACACAACUAAAUAUUUACAAUACUUGCAUACACAAAGGAAAAAAUAAUAAUAAUUAAAUGGCAACUAAAAUCAAAUGUAUGAAAAAGCAAUAAUGAUUAACACACCGCACAAUAAAAGUAUUAAAUAUUGAAAUUAACAUUAAUAUAAUGUACUUACAUAGUAUUAGGGUGAACACAAGCUUAAGUUAAAAAAAAAAACAUAAAAAACUUAAAAAAAAAUUAUAUCAUUAAUUAAAAAUAUGUUUAGCAAAUAGUUUUAUUAUUAUGAAUAUAUAUAAAUGUGCAUUUAAAAUUACAAAACAAAAAAAAACAAAAACAAGCAAUAAUAAACACUUAAAAAUGGCACAAUUAUUGGCAAUGAAUGCUAAAUGCUAAAUACCAAUACUAAAAAGCUAAUUCUUUUUAUAAAUGUUAACAAAUAAUUAUUUAUUUAACCGUGUAAGCGACUUAAAGCUAAUAAAACUCAUUAAAAAUUAAAAAAAAGUUAAUGUUUUUCAUUUUUUUUCAUACAAAAAUUAUUUAUUUAACCUAAUAUGAUGAUAUUGAUUACCAGAAGAACCAACUAAUAUUUUUCAUAUUAUUUUUAAAUAUAAUAUUUACUAAAAUAUUUGAAUAAUGGACGAGUUGCGCAAAUUCACAAAUGUUGAUAAAUAAAAAUGUUAAUGGAAAAUGCUGCAACUGUUGAACUUGCUUCGAAUUUUGGCCACUCUACUUAACCAUUUGCACAAAAAAUAUUAUACAAGUAUAUACGAGAAUAAGUCAGCAAAUGGAUGCAUUAACUUCGAAACUGAAUGUGUAAUGUUUUAAUGUCCACAGCAAAUAAAUAAAACGAAUAAAUAUUAAAGAUGUACAGUUGAAACUGAAA